AAGUAGGCUUAUCACUAGUGCUUUGUUUUUAUUGGAAAAAAUGGAGCGGAAAUGAUAAAUAUUGUUCGAAAUUUAAAUUCAAGUGCGAUGGCAGCUUCGGAAGAAGCUUCUUUAGCCGUGAUGAGUAUAGUUAUCGAGUCAUUCCUGGACGAUCAGAUCGAGAGAGCCAUCCUCGAUACUUGUCAGGAUACCGAAGACGGUGAAGUGCUGCUCGUAUACGAAGCUAUGAGAGAAAAAAGAGAGAAAUUGAAGACUUACGUCGAAGAAUACAUCCCUAAAUUCGCACCCAGCGUAUUUAAAGAUUAUUUUAGAAUAUCUUCGACUACCUUCGAUGCUUUUGUAAAUUCUCUUCGUAUGUGUCCGAGUUUGGCCAAUGGAGAAACUGUUAAACCUGGAAGACCGAGAAUCUCCCUAAUCCGAGGCGCUCUCAUCACUCUUUGGUACUUGGCCACUAAAGAGACAGUCAUAAAAAUCGCGCACAGAUUCGCCGUGGCCGAAGGGACGGUCUGUAAUUACGUGUCCAUGAUAUGCGAUGCCGUGACCGAAACGCUGGCGGCCCAAUAUAUUAAGUGGCCCGGGAGUUCGGAUAUCGGUGACGUUACCGAAGGCUUUGCGGAGAAGAGUGGAUUUCCCGGUGUGAUCGGUGCCGUUGACGUCAUUCACGUGCCGAUUAAAGCGCCCCAGCAGAGUCCCGAAUUGGGAGACGAUUACGUUAAUAGGAAUCAGACGUAUUCUAUUCUUUUACAAGCAGUUUGUAGUCACGACUUAUCAUUUAUAGACUGUAGCUGCGGUUGGCCCGGUAGUACGCGCGAUGCGCAGGCCUUUCAAAGUUCCGGUCUAUAUCAGGGUGCCAUUGAGGAUCCAAGUAGAAUGUUUCCUAACAAUACUCACAUUGUUGCAGAUUCUGCAUAUCCAUUAGAUGAAUGGUUAAUGACACCAUACGAAGACAAUGGAUUUUUAACAGAAAAAGAAAGGAUUUAUAAUGACGUUUUGGCAAGAUCAAGAAGUUACAUUGUCCAUGCUUUUGCCAUGCUGAAGUCCCGCUUUUGUAGACUAAAACGUGUAGAAAUAAGUAAUGUUGAAAAAGUAUCAAAAUUAGUAUUGACUUGUUGUGUCUUGCACAACUUGUGCUUACAGACAGAGGAUGAUGUUGACAUUGAUGAAUUUACUGAAGAUUACACUGACGAUGUGGAAGAUAUCAUUAUGAAAAGAAAUAUAUUUGGGUAUCCAAGACAAGAGGCAAUAAUUAAACGCAACGGCAUUGCUGAAGCAUUUUAUCAGCAACAUCUAAGAAAUACAUAUUCUUUGUAGUACAUUUCAAGGGAGCAAAGAAAAAUAUAAAAUGCUAUUUGAGCAUUUUCUAUUAAUGCUGUAUGUUUCUUGUUUCUGUGAAUGUUCUGUGGAUCCAAAUAUUGCUCAGAUGGUGUGAUUUUGAUGACAUCUGUUCAAUUGAAAGUUUAUUUAACUUGUAAAAUUUAGUUUGUCUAUUCUGAUAUGUUAAUAUACUAAUGUCAAGAGAGUUUUUAUCAUGUUUUGUAAAUAAAGUAUUAUAACUAUGA